AUGGAGGCAAGUCAAGGAACUCUUCCUUUCAAUACAUGCCAUGUCCAAAAGCCGUUGCUUAUCAUCAAUAGGUUACACAUGCUCCUUCAUUCCACAGCUUUAGGCUUCUUGUUCUAUUACAGGGUGAGGUUUCUUUUUCAAAAUCCAGAAAACAGGGGAAGCAAUUUGUUGCCAUGGCUCCUUGUUUUUGCUUCAGAAAUCAUUCUCUCCUUCAUUUGGUUCCUUGGCCAAGCUUAUCGUUGGCGUCCGGUUUCACGACGUGUCUUUCCAGAAAGAUUGCCAGAGGAUGACAAGCUCCCUGCUGUUGAUGUGUUCAUAUGCACUGCUGAUCCAAUUAAGGAACCCACUUUAGAUGUGAUGAAUACUGUUUUAUCAUCCAUGGCACUCGAUUAUCCUCAAGAGAAGCUUCAUGUGUAUCUUUCAGAUGAUGGCUGUUCCCCCAUUACCUUGUAUGGUAUGAGAAAAGCUUUUGAGUUCGCAAGGUGGUGGCUUCCCUUCUGCAGAAGAUACAGAAUAAAUAACAGGUGCCCAAAAGCAUACUUUUCUUUGGAGAUUGAUGAUAGUGAUUUUGCCAGAAGUAGUGUGUACAUGGAAGAUAAGCAAAAGAUCAAGGGAAAGUAUGAGGCUUUUAAAGAAGAGAUACAGACAUUCCAACAAGAUAAGGCCUUUUCCAAAGACAGUAUUACUGUUGGAGAUCACUCAUCUGUCAUUGAGGUAAUGCAAGAAAAUAUCAUUGAUGAUGUGGACAAUGUCAAAAUGCCUCUCCUUGUCUAUGUUUCUCGAGAGAGAAAGCCUUUUAGUCCGCACCAUUUCAAGGCUGGAGCCCUCAACGCCCUUCUUCGUGUAUCUGCUGUGAUGAGUAAUUCUCCCUACAUCCUAGUUCUAGAUUGUGACAUGCUCUGCAACGAUCCAACUUCAGCUCGAUAUGCCAUGUGUUUUCACCUUGAUCCAAAGAUAUCAUCUUCCUUAGCUUUUGUUCAAUUUCCUCAGAAAUUUUACAACAUUAGCAAGAAUGACAUCUAUGACAGUCAGCUGAGAUCAUUAUUUACGUUACAAUGGCAAGGCAUGGACGGCCUUAAGGGACCUGUGUUGUCAGGUACAGGCUUUUAUAUUAAAAGGGUAUCACUGUACGGAAAUCACACGAAUGAAGGAAGGACUCAUAUGCUGCCACUUCAAGAAUAUUUUGGUUCAUCUAAUGAAUUCAUCAACUCACUUACUCAAAACGACACAAGUGUUUUAUUGUCAGGUCAGAAUACAUUGCUUGAAGAACCUCACUUGUUGGUUUCUAGUAGAUAUGAAAUUGGCACUAAAUGGGGACAAGAUGUAGGUUUCUUAUACGAUAGUGUCGUAGAAGACUUCUUUACUGGAUUUAUCUUGCAUUGUAACGGAUGGACUUCUGUUUUCUGUGAACCGUCUAGGCCACAGUUCCUUGGUACAGCUACAACAAAUUUGAAUGAUGUACUAAUCCAAGGCACUAGAUGGUACUCUGGUUUGUUUGAAAAUGGUAUAAGUAGGUUUUGCCCCCUUAUAUAUGGGCCUUUAAGGAUGCCACUACUCCAGAGUCUAUGUUUUGCAGAACUCACAUAUUUCCCUCUAUAUUGCUUGCCCCUUUGGUGCUUCGCUACCAUCCCUCAGCUCUGUCUACUAAACGGAAUACCCUUAUACCCUAAGGUUUCAGAUCCAUAUUUCAUUAUCUUUUUAUUCAUCUUUCUAUCAUCUCUUUCAAAACAUUUACUAGAAGUCUUCUUAACCGGGGGAGCACUACAUAAGUGGAUCAAUGAGCAAAGAAUCUGGAUGAUGAAAUCAACUACUUGCCAUUUAUAUGGAUGUUUGGAUGCUUUACUGAAGAAAAUUGGUAUAAGAGAAGCUAGUUUCUUGCCUACUAAUAAAGCAGAGAAUGAUGAACAAACUCUGCUAUACCAAAUCGAUAAAUACUGUGAAUAA